AUGAUGACGCCUAUAGAGGAGAGAAAAGAUGAAAAGAUCCGCACUGGCAUGGUCCAGGUGUCAGACGGCAAGUCUCGUCCCCGAGCUGCCCGUCUGGUGCUCACUAUGGAGGCGGUGACAGUACAACGAGAAGUAGUUGUACCACCACCCACCAGGGACAAGACCGUGCCACAUGCUAGAGAGCGUAUGGUCCAAAUAACGCGACAGAAAGUUGGUGGUUUGGGUCUGAGUAUAAAGGGUGGGUCGGAGCACAAGCUGCCCAUACUGAUAUCCAAGAUAUACAAGGACCAAGCGGCGGACCAGACAGGACAACUAUUCGUAGGAGACGCGGUCAUUAAAGUGAACGGUGAAUACAUAACGGCUUGUAAACACGACGACGCCGUCAACAUACUGAGGAACGCUGGUGACAUCGUGGUGCUUACGGUCAAACAUUACAGGGCGGCCACGCCGUUCCUACAAAAACAAGCGGACGGAGCUUCAGACACGGACAGCAGUACCGGCGACGAACAUCCCUCGCUACAUAACAAAGUCGACGACAAUUGCAACACAGAGAGGAACGCGGACACUAACGGCGGCUGGCAGAGCGCGUGGGGUGAGUCUGAAGAGAGUCGUCCUGGGAGCGCCGCGGGCUCCGCGCGAGGCUCCCGACCUCCGUCCGCCGCGGGAGACGUACAGACGUGGGUGGAUGUAGUCUCCGUUCCUCUCAUGAUGGGGUACGUCACGAGAUACGUGUUCGGAACUGACAAGUUACGACCAGGAGCUUUUGAGGUUCGCGGUGCCAAGCCCCACAUGACGUCAGGUGUGAUCCACGUGGACGACCCCGCCGCCCUCUCACAGUGGCUCAAGAGCAUCUCUGAUAAUAUCAUGGGCCUUACUAACCUCCAGAUGAAGCUCUUCAACCGUCACCUGAGCGGCGGUGAUCGUAUAGAGUACAUGGGCUGGGCCCACGAGGGACUGGUCACGGCCGCACAGCCCUGGCAGACCUACCGACCAAAGUUCCUCAUGCUGAAGGGCACCGACGUCAUGCUGUUCGACGUACCGCCGUGUUCAGUGAGCGAGCUGUCCAAGUGCCCGGAGGUGUUGAAGGUGUACCAGACCAUGUUCCGCACCGUCAAGGAGAGCGAGACGGUCGACUGGAGGCAGCACUGCUUCCUGGUGCAGAGCUCCGGAGCGCUCGGCGGACCCGGCCCGCGGUACUUCAGUGCGGACACCAGGCACGAGCUGCUGAGACUCGAGGCCGCCUGGACCGCAGCUGUCGUGCACGCCGUGCUCAGGCUCGGGGUAACACACACACACAAACACAUGCACACACAAAUAGGUUCGUUAUAA